GGGGAGAAGCAGGAAGUGAUCUGAAAUGGGGACGCAAUAACCCAGGGACCUUCCUGUGCCAGCCCCCCUGGGCUCGCCUCGGAGUCACUCCCUGCAGCCUGUGUGGAAAGGGGCUGAAUCCCCGUCUGCAGCCCCAGGGCCCCGGAGGGAAUCGCCCUGGCCGAAGCGAUUUGCACCGGCUGUCCGGUCCGCAUGAAGAGGGGAGUGAUGGAGGGCAGGAUCUCCUGCCCUGGCUCCUUAUGCCUGGCUUCCAGGUGCCGGUGACGUUCAAGGAGGUGGCCGUGUGCUUCCGCAAGGAAGAGUGGGGUGACCUGGACGAAGGGCAGAGGCAGCUCUACGGAGCAACUUCCACAAACAUUAUGAGACUCUGACUUUGCUGGCAGGAUUCCCCGUCCCUGACCCGGCCAUGACCUCCCGGAUGGAGCGAGGGGAAGAGCCGAGGGUCCCGGAUCUCCAGAGCGCCGAGAAAAAGGAGAUCCUGAGAGGUGCCCGCACAGCAGGUGCCGGGACGAUGAGUGAGAACGAAGAGGAAAAUCACCAGCGGGAAGGGCCUAUGGGAGCGAAGCCACACGGGACGUCCCAGAGCCUCGAGCAGGGAGAGACCGUCGAGAGCCAGAGUGGGGCAGGGCUGGGACAGGGGAAGGCCCAGGCUAAAUCUGCACCCCAGGCACGGCACAGGCGGGUGGGCCGUGUCAUCUGUGGCGAUUGCGGGAAGAGCUUUGUGAAGAACUAUGACCUCUUCAAGCACCAGCGGGUCCACACAGGAGAGAAACCUUACAGCUGCCCUGACUGCGGGAGGAGCUUCGCCUUCCACUCCACCCUCAGCAAACACCAGCACAUCCACACCGGCGCCAGGCCCUUCCAGUGCGCCGAGUGCGGGAAGAGCUUCCGGCAGAAAGGCCACCUGACCUGCCACAGCCGCGUCCACGCCGGGUUAAAGCCCUACGUCUGUGCUCACUGCGGGGCGGCCUACAGCACCCGCACCAACCUGCUGCGGCACCAGAGCGGCCACACCGGGGAGCUGCCCUACAAGUGCACGGAGUGCGGCCGGCGCUUCGGGGAGAUCGCCGCCCUGGUGGCACAUCUGGUGGCGCAUUCCGGGGAGCGGGCCCACAAGUGCCCCGAGUGCGGGAAGAGCUUCCGGCGCGGCUCGUCACUGACGGAGCACCGGCGGGUGCACACUGGGGAGAAGCCCCACGUCUGCCCCCAGUGCGGGGAGAGCUUCAUGCGCCGCGCCACCUUCAACGACCACGUGCGCGGCCACUCCGGGGAGCGGCCCAAUGUCUGCGACGUCUGCGGGAAGAGCUUCACCAAGCGGCACUCGCUGCUGCAGCACCAGCGGUCCCACACCGGAGAGAAGCCUCACCAGUGCCCCGACUGUCCCAAGAGCUUCAUCGCCAGCUCCGCUCUGGUGCAGCACCGCCGGAUCCACACCGGCGAGACGCCCUACCGCUGCGAGGAGUGCGGGCGCAGCUUCAGCCAGCGCUCGGUGCUGACCACCCACCGGCGGCUGCACACCGGCGAGCGGCCCUACAAGUGCGGCCAGUGCGGGAAGGGCUUCAGCCAGAGCUCGGCGCUGACCCAACACCGCCGCACCCACACGGGGGAGUCGCCCUAUGGCUGCGCCCAGUGCGGGCGGAACUUCAGCGGCAUGUCGGCCCUCAAGCGGCACCACCGGACCCACACCGGCGAACGGCCCUUCCGCUGCAGCCAGUGUGGGAAGGGCUUCAAGCAGAGCUCCACACUGGUCCAGCACACCAGGAUCCACACGCAGGAGAGGCCCUUCUCCUGCACCCAUUGUGGCAAGAGCUUCAGCCAGCGGUCGGCUCUCGCCAAGCACCAGCGGACUCAUGCCAAGGAGAGUGGCAGCUCUCACGAGGCCGUGGGGACGCGGUUCUACAAAGACCCCUUUGUUCAGCAGGGGGAGGGCGGCACUGAGCCCGAGGAGGUGGUGGUGGUGCUCCCGCCGGGGACGUGGGAUUGUGAGAUGCCCCCCCGCGUGAAGGAGGAGCCGGGGACACCCCUGCAGGUGAAGGAGGAACCGGAGCCGCCUCAGCAUAUUCAAGAUGGGCCCUAUCGGGUUAAACAGGAGCAGCUGGAGCUGCCACAGGAAAUUAAAGAGGAGCCCGCGCCCCCCCUGCAGAUUAAAGAGGAGCCUGAGUGAAGGGAAGAUUUUUGGGAGGGGCUAGAUCGAGGGUUUGGGCAUUGGAUGGUGGAAUAGGAAUUUAACAUGGAGGGUUUUUUUCCAGGGACACUGAGCCACCUGCCUACCCAGACAGCCGGGGACAAGAUGGAGGGGUCAGAGCCCGGGAUGUCGGAAUAAAAAAUGAAACACAAACUUUAUGAAGGGAAAAUGUAAAGGGCAGUUACAUUCCGCUUCUCAGGGGUCCCGGGCAUCCCCUCCUCACUGGAGUUGGCCAACAAAGUGACCCAGGUUGGGGUAGUUUUCCCCCUUCCCCACUUGGCAGGGAUCAUUAACCCCUCCUAGGCCCAGCUUGGCUUCUAAUGGUAGAGCUGUAGCAUUUUUAGCCUUGGUAACGGAGACCCCUGGCUCUGUGCUGCCCAUGAGAUGAGAGUGAGAAUGCUUUUCAUCAGGGGUUUUCUCUGUUGGUUUUCUCUUCCUUAUUUCUCCCCGGUCAAUAAACAGGAUCUUGGUGAAGAUGAA